AUGGAAGUUGGCGCCACUUCUGGGAUAGCCAUUGGGCAUACGGGCAUCGCUACUCUGUCCGACUGUGUGACAGACGGGCAUCGCUAUUCUGUCCGACUGUGUGAAAAUGGCAAUUUGCCGAUACGGCGCAGAAUCCUAGAAUGCCCUGAAUGGCGUCGAUGGCAAGUUCCCACGCACGGCUUCAGCCAGCUGGGUCCUCUGACCAUGAAGCAGGCGCUCCGAUGGGCUACGGAAGAGCUUCAGUUGCUGCUAAACCGUCCGGCAGGCUCCUGCGCCGAAGAGUUGCUGGCCGCUGAGAAGGCCCUUGCCUCUGCGGGAUCUGCAGAUGAACUGGCAGAGGCGAGCCUGGCCAUUGCCGAGGCGACCUUGUCCACGAGGGGACCGGGGAGCAGCUUUGAGGAAGCCCUGAAGAAGGCCCGCGAAGCAGGUUCAGAUGUGCGGCUUGAGGGACGCAUGUUGCAAGUACAAGCCCGUGCAGCCUUGGCAAGGCAACGGCCAGACCAAGCCCUGGAGUUUGCCACGCGCAUGCUCGAAAUCCAGGGGAACCUCCCGGAGCCUGAGCUGCGGAUCCUGGCAACAGGCAUCGUCUCCAUUAGCCAGCGUCAAGCUGGCAGCUUUGCUGAAGCGAUUGCAGCCGCCCAGCGAGUCCAGCAAGUCGCGUCGGAGUCGAAAUCGAGAGCCGAAGCCAUCGGGUGGCUUCUGUCUGCCAGUGCCUGGUUGUCUUCUUUGCCAUCAUCCAAUAAGCCACGGUCCUUGAUCCUGGUGGAUACAGCAUUGCGAGGCGAGGGCAUCAAAGGAGCACCAGCAGAGCUGGCGGAGGCUGCGGCCAAAGAGUGCCUGCAAGCCUCCCAGAAGCUUGGGUGCAAUGCCCUGCACGCCGCUGCGCUGGACCGCCUCGUGGAAUCGCUGCUUCGGCAGGGUCGAGCAGAGGAGGCUCAGCGCAUGUGCGAGGAGGAGGCAUUCUCUGCCCGCAAAGGCCGAAGUCGCUCAGAGGCUGGCGCCCUCGCUGCCCUGGUCUCUGCAAUGCAGCCCGGGCCCGCGCAUGACAUCAUGCAAGUGGUGGGGCGUCUCCGCACGCUGGGUCGGGAGGGAGAGGUGGCCCAGAUCCAAGUGUCACUGCUGGCGGCGAAGUCUGUGGCUGAGAGUGCGGACGCGGCUGAACCACCUGCCGGUAGCUUGGAUGCCGCAGCGUCCCACGCCCAGCGAGCUCUCGUCCUGGCACGUCGGCACAGGGACUUUGGGGCCGAGGCGGAGGCGCUCAGGCUCCUGACGCGACUCCACCGGCAGAUGGGUUUGGAGCCUCCGCGUUCGGAGCUUCACGCUGAGAUUCUGUCCGAGCUGCGAUCGGCUGUCCUUGAAGCGGAGAAGGCCUCUGAUGCUGCCCCGGUCAAGUGGGCGCUGCACCGCCUCAGAGAGAAUGGCAAAGAGGUGGAGUCCUUUCUGUCACCUGCAGACCUGACAGAGGUCCUAGAGCCUCUUCAGUCUUGGAUGCCGGAAGAGCUCGCUCCUGCGAUGCUCCUGGCCGGACAAAGUUCCGAAGGUCAGGGAUCUGCAACAAUGGACCCAUCGCUAGUGAUGGUGGAGAUUGGCCACAAGCCGAUGUACAGCAGUGUCGGGGCUGGUGGAAUUCAGUAUGGCCCAAGAUAUCGCCAGGUCCGGGGGUAUCGGCCUCCCGGAUCGGCACAGCCUGACAGGGGCAAGCCGGCCGUUGUCGCAGUGCUCCGGACAUCCUCAGCUGCAGAGGAGUGGGAAGCGCGAUCGUGGGAUUGGACACCGCCGCUUGUUGAUGCAGCCGCUCACUCCUCUUUCCUGUUUGCGCAGCGUGCUUUGGAUGCUCUUCCGCUCGCAGCCAGCAAGCCGUUGAGUGCUCUGCCACCGCAUCCCCGAAUGAACCCCCCAAUGCCAUUGGCGCCUGAGCUGAUGUGGGCGCAGCGGACUCCUUUUUAUCCGACGUGGCCAACCCCUUCCCAGGCGAGCCGACCGGGCCCCAACCGGGCGGGUAAUCCAAAGUGGUCCCUUGCAACCGGUGUCGCGCUGGGAAUCGGAGCGCACAUCCGCUGUCGUGCCCACAGCCACAACGGCCACAACCGCGACCUGUCUCCGCUUCCUUUGCCCUGCGACUCCUGGGCACUGGUCACGGGCGCUGCGUCGGGUCUAGGCCAAAAACUUGCGACAGCCUGUGCAGAGGCAGGCUUUGGCCUUGUACUCACCGACGAGGAGUCAGCACUUCAGAACCUGGACCUUGCGCAGAUCGCAGGGAGCAGUACUUCGGAUCGCAUCCUCAGGGUACCAAGUAGCCUCGCUGACCCGUCGAAAGGGGCAUCAGACCUCUACGAGAAGCUGAAAGACUUGGAUGUCUGCAUGUUGAUGCUUUGUUCAGAUCAAUUUUCUUAUACAGGUCCAUUUCUGAGCCAAAGUGUGGAGAAGCUGGACCGUAUGCUCGCUCAGAACGUUGGGGCAACUGCGGCCCUCUGCCGGCUCUUUGCUUCCGACAUGGUGCAGGCGAAGCGUGGUCGGAUCCUACUCGUGGGGGCGCCGGCAGGAUCGACUCCGGGCAUUGCAGGCGCCUGUGCGUUCGCAGGUUCGAUGGCCUUUGUGCGAUCCCUAGCAGAUGGCUUGGGCAAGGAGCUUGCCGACCAGGGUGUGGGGAUUUCUUGCCUCGAGAGCUCUUCGCUGGGCCGCGAUGGGUCCCUCACGGAUGCCUUGGCAUCUACAUGCGUGGGCUUCCUGAUCGAAGCUGAAGCUGAGACACCACCGCCAGAGCCAGCCACAUCAUCGUCCUCGGAAACCAGAGUGGCCCCCGGACAAAACGACGUAGAGCUCGAGGACAGUUGGAAUGAAGAAUACCUCAGGCUGGCAAAUGAAGAGAACUUCAAGCCUUUGCCUUAUGCCGCAGAAAUCGAUCGGUUGCAACACGCGCCUCUAUCAGAAAUCUCCAAUGCACUCCUCGCUGGCUUGGCCUGCGCCAUUUAUGUGGUGGCGCGGUCGCCCGGAGUCACGGAGGGUACGAUCCGAGUCUUGGCCGCGGCAGCCUCUUCGAUCAAUGCUUUGUUUUUCCUGGAUUACAUGGCUCGAUGGUGGUGUCGUGGUAUGAGCUGGCAGUACCUGUUGAACCCGCUGAUGAUAGUUGACCUGAUUGGUGUUCUGCCCUUUCUGCUUCGGCCUUGGGUUCCCUCCAUCAGCUCCAUGGAGCUCAACUUCCUGAAACUGAUUCGCGUCCUGAGGAUCUAUCGCUUCUUCCGGCCGAAGGCUUUCCGGAGUUUCCUGCAGAUCCUGAUCGGACCCGAUCAGGCGAAGCCCUACGAGGAUGGCCUCCGAGGAGUCAAGUCCUACCAGUUGCAGGUCUUCCGAACAUUCGGCGUGGUCUUUACACUGAUCUUCGUCACCGCCGGGCUGUGCUACGAAGCCGAGCAUACGGUGAAUCCGCAGUUUGCAGACAUCUUCUCGUCUUUCUACUUCAGUGUGAUUGCACUCUCCACGGUCGGGUUCGGAGACAUUGAGCCGAUGACGGCUGCCGGACGUCUCGUCAUUACGGUAGCCAUCGUCGUGGGGCUUUGCCUCAUUCCAUCUGAGGCAUCCCUCGUAGCCACUGCCAUAUCGGAAGAACAGAAGAAGCUCGAUGAAGCGGAGGCAGAGCUGGCUCUGGCCGAAGCAGAGCGAACUCGAGCGCAACUUGCGUGGGAUGCAGCCCGCAUCGCCGAGCUGGAGGAGACCGAACGCGAGGAGCGAGCACGUCUCAUGGAGCUGGAGGCUUGGUUUGGCCAGAGAGGAGGGGGCAGGGAUUCGCAGAGCUCGGGGGACUGA